CGGUCCCUCCCCCCGCGCCCGCCUCGCUCCGCGCCGCCGCCACCACCACAAUGUCCGAGCGCGGUGGGUUCUACCGGCAGGAGCUGAACAAGACGGUGUGGGAGGUGCCGCAGCGCUACCAGAACCUCACCCCGGUGGGCUCCGGCGCCUACGGCUCCGUGUGCUCAAAAUCAGUAGAAGAGUUUGUGUCAGGAGGCUGUGUUUUGGCCCAUUUUAUUGACAUUUUCUCAGCUUAUGAUACCAAAACAAGACAGAAGGUGGCAGUAAAAAAGCUUUCAAGACCUUUUCAAUCACUCAUUCAUGCGAGGAGGACCUACCGAGAGCUUAGGUUGCUCAAGCACAUGAAGCACGAGAAUGUUAUAGGAUUGCUAGAUGUUUUUACACCUGCGACAUCAAUAGAAAAUUUUAAUGAAGUAUAUCUGGUGACAAAUUUAAUGGGUGCUGACCUGAAUAACAUUGUGAAGUGCCAGAAGUUAACAGAUGACCAUAUACAGUUUCUCAUCUACCAGUUACUUCGAGGUCUUAAGUAUAUUCACUCAGCUGGAAUCAUCCACCGGGACCUGAAGCCCAGUAACCUCGCUGUAAAUGAAGACUGUGAAUUGAGGAUUUUAGACUUUGGUUUAGCUCGUCAAACUGACGAUGAAAUGACUGGAUAUGUUGCAACAAGAUGGUACAGAGCUCCAGAAAUUAUGUUAAACUGGAUGCACUACAAUCAAACAGUUGACAUCUGGUCAGUUGGAUGCAUCAUGGCAGAGCUAUUGAAAGGGAAGGCCCUGUUUCCAGGAAAUGAUUAUAUCGACCAACUAAAGAGAAUAAUGGAAGUUGUGGGUACACCCUGUUCUGAACUUCUGAAGAAGAUAUCAUCAGAACAUGCAAGAAAGUACAUUGAAUCUCUUCCACAUAUGCCUCAACAGGAUUUGAAAGUGGUAUUUCGUGGUGCUAAUCCAUUAGCUGUGGAUCUCCUUGAGAAGAUGCUUAUAUUAGACAGCGAUAAAAGAAUUACUGCCUCAGAAGCACUUGCACAUCCAUACUUCGUACAGUAUCACGAUCCAGAUGACGAACCUGAGGCUGAGUUGUAUGAUGAGUCAAUAGAGAAUAAGGAACGAACCAUAGAUGAAUGGAAAGAACUUACCUACGAAGAAGUGAUUAGCUUUAAACCCCCCGACUUAAAAAUGGAUAGCCUGGAGAUAGAACAGUGAAUGCAGGCAGCUCUGUCUUGCUUGCUGUGCUGCACUCUGAAGACUGUUAAAAUAUAACCAUACAAUUUAACCUGUGGUCAGAUGUAGAUUUUCCUAUCCAAAGAUGUUGGAGAAGAUGUGAAAAAGCAGAAACGCUAUACAGAAGCCAGAUGUUGUUUGUUUUGGGUGGGGUGUUUUUGCCUUGUAAUAUGAAUGUAUUCCCAACUCACAAAGGGUGAUAAAGAACUGCUUCAUUCUGACAAAAUUAUGCACUGAAUUCUGUCAAGCUGUGUGUUCUGCAUGUUUCAUUUUAUCAGUUGUAUUGCCAAAAUAAAGGUGACUUUUAAAAUUAUUUUUUAAAUUGUACGUUUAAAGCAUGAAUGUUUAUAAACAUGAACAUAGAAGCCCAUACAAGCAAUCCUUUUUCUUCUGGCAUUUUAUCUAUCUGUUUUCAUAUUAUUUAUAGUUAGUGCCUUUAUGAAGAGAGGGUGUGGUAGUGAAAUAGACGAAAUAUGCAUAAGUAGUCAUAUCUGUGGUGGUCUUACAGAUUUACUAGAUGUCUCUUAAGCAAUCUUAACACCAGCUGAAAGUCAGCAAAAAUAAAUCUUUGUCUUCUGUUGCCAUUCAGGUGUCUGCUGUCAUUAUUUUCCCCAUGUGUAUUUUUUAAUCUGCACAAUACCCAUUUGUGAGAUUAUUUUAUUUCCCGAUGGUCCUCCUAACCAUCCCAUCGCUGGAGUGCUGGUGAAUUUGUCCAAGUUUAUAGGAAGGUGCCCUGAAGGUGCUGCAGCAGAUCUCUGAAAGCUUCAGCACAGGCUGUCACAGAUGGCAGUGCAAGAGUAUUCAGUUCAGUUCACAGCUCUGAAUUAAAUGUUCCUUAUUGUCUUAUUUCCUUUCACAUAAUCCUUGGGAAAAUAAUCUAAUAAUUGCCAUUGGAAGGCAUGACAAGACCAGAAGAUUUAAGAAUUCGUUUUUGGAAAAACAAAAUAUCCAUCUUGUCAGUUUCUUUUUAAGCAAAAUUUUAAAGGUUUUGUAUCUUUAAAAAGUUGGAAAAUUAAAUAAUAAAUUGCAAGAUACACCAGAUAGUGAGAUUUCUUAAAGAAAUGUAUCUGAUUUUCCCAUUGACAGCAUAAUAAUGAAAGAGUAAUCUCCUUUGGCAUGAAGCUUCUGGUGGUGUACUGACUGUGUCUUUCUACAUACUGUGAUCCACAGUUGUUCAGUGUUGUUCAUUUUUGUGUCUCGUUCUCACUCUGUCAGAAUCUCAUUUUGGAGGUAACUUUUUAUAAUAUUUAGGUUUUCCGCAACUUUUGUCAUUAAGAUUCAGUUGUAUAGCUAUUACAUGACACAAUGAAUUCUACUGCAUUUAUUUACCUUCCUCUGUAUCUUUUCUAUGUAAAAAGAAAAGCUUUUUCUUAAUAAACAGAUUAAAAAAAAGUCAAGUCC